GACUCGCCGAGCCACCUGUUCCGGGACGGGUCGCUGGAGACAGCAGACGCCUGCUCAGUUCACCCCCCCCUCCCCCCGUCCCCACAUCCCUGCUCGUCGACCUGGGGAAAGCAGAAUGGACGGCUGCUGCCUGUCGGCCGACGAGAUGGAGAGACUCCGGGUGCACAAAGAGAUCGAGAGACAGCUGCGUCGGGAUAAAAAAAGCUCCCACCAGGAGCUGAAGUUGUUGCUCUUGGGCACUGGUGAAAGUGGAAAGAGCACUUUCAUCAAACAGAUGAGGAUCAUCCACGGCGCCGGAUACAGUGAAGCUGACAGGAAGAGUUUCACCCGCCUCGUGUUCCAGAACACCGUCACGGCCGUCCAGGCGCUGAUACAAGCCACGAGGACUCUGCGGAUUGACUUCGUCGACGACCAGAACAUUAGCCAAGCGCAGAGGCUGAUGGAAGUGGAGGUGACCCAGGUGUCCACUCUGGAGGCCUGGCAGGUGGACGCCAUCAAGCGGGUGUGGAAUGACCACGGUGUCCAAAGGUGCUACGACCGCAGGAGGGAGUUCCAGUUAUCGGACUCUGCCAAAUAUUACCUUGACGACAUGGACAGAAUCACAGCCCAGUUGUACGUCCCCACCCUGCAAGACAUUCUGCGGGUCAGGGUCCCCACCACGGGCAUCAUAGAGUACCCCUUUGACCUUUCAAAUGUCAUCUUCAGGAUGGUCGAUGUGGGUGGCCAGCGGUCAGAGAGGAAGAAAUGGAUCCACUGUUUUGAGAAUGUCACCUCCAUUAUCUUUCUGGCGGCCCUCAGCGAGUACGAUCAAGUCCUUUACGAGAAUGAGAAUGACAACCGAUUGAGAGAGAGCCUCGCCUUGUUCAAGACCAUCCUCUCGUACCCGUGGUUCCAAGAGUCCUCCACCAUCCUCUUCCUGAACAAAACUGACUUGCUAGAGGAGAAAAUCACGAGGUCUCAUCUGGCAACGUACUUUCCGAACUUUACUGGGCCUCAGUGUGACGCAAGAGCUGCGGAAAAAUUCAUCUUGCAAAUGUACGUGGAAAAGCACCGGGGGCAUCCGAAGUCCCUCUACAAACACUACACCUGCGCCACAGACACAAACAGCAUCCGGGUGGUCUUCAAGGCCGUCAAAGACACCCUCUUCACAGAAAACCUUGGAUUGUUCAACCUGGAAUAAGCUGCAGGACAAAGGGAUUGUUUCCCCCUCGAGGAACAAGCAGCCGGGUUUUACAGUCGCACGGACGUUUUUACCUAUUUUAUGCUGUCGGCUGCAGCUUGUUUACAGACAUCAAUGUGCACUGUCCAGUAUGGGACACUUAUCUUAAUCUAUAUAACUGUAAAAACGAGGACAGAAUGUGCCAUUUCUGAAGAAGCAUAUAUUACUACGGAAGAGAAAUGCCAGUUAAUAGUUGUACCACACUACAUUAGAGAAGGGUUCCUUUUGUUUCCGUGCUGCGUGAUACUCAUCAGCAAAUCGUAUCAAACUGGUUAGACAAAGUCCUGUCUACUAUAAAUGCAACCUUCCCUGUUUUACAGCUUUUACAGCGAGAUUAGACUUGUACAGAGAACACGGGGAAGUCAAAGAAUAACCUGCAGGGAACCUGAAUGCCUUACUAUGUAUUUAUGCUGCUGUGUUAAUGCAUCAACGACCACGUAGCCUGUGGAAUUGUUAGCUGGACUCUGCCGCUUUUUAUUGAUAUUAAAACAUGUGUCCGUGAGCAAAGAAA